AUGUCAAAAACCGAUGGAGGAGAGAAGCUACUUUGUGAGCUGGGCUACAAGCUGGGUCACACCUUAGGAGAGGGCACCUUCUCUAAGGUGAAAGCAGCCACCUCCAAGAAAUACAAGGGUCCCUUGGCCAUCAAGGUGAUGGACCGGCGACGAGCGUCCCCAGACUUCUUGUACAAGUUCCUGCCCCGGGAGCUCUCCAUCGUGCGCAAGAUCCGCCACCCCAACAUCGUGCGCGUCUUCGAGCUCAUCGAAGGCUGCGACGGGAAGGUCUGCAUCGUGAUGGAGGCAGCCGCCACUGACCUGCUGCAGCUGGUGCAGCACCUGGGGAAGCUGCCCUGCAGCCCCAAGGCCCGGGACAUCUUUAUACAGAUCGUGGCGGCCUUGCGCUACCUGCACGACCGGGACCUGGUGCACCGGGACCUCAAGUGCGAGAACGUGCUGCUCACCGCUGACGGCCGCCGGGCCAAACUCAGUGACUUUGGCUUUAGCAAGGAAGCCACCAAAUGUUCAGACCUGAGCACCACAUUCUGCGGGUCACCUGCCUAUGCCUCCCCAGAGCUGCUGAUGGGCAUCCCCUAUGAUGCCAAGAAGUCGGACAUAUGGAGCCUGGGGGUGAUGCUCUACAUGAUGGUGACCGGCUACAUGCCCUUUGACGACACCCACAUCCGUCGCAUGCCCCAGCAGCAGAAGAAAGGGGUGAUAUACCCACAGGGGCUGCCCCCACUGCCAGAGGCCUGUCGAGCCCUCAUCGCCCAGCUGCUCCAGUUCAGCCCAGUUGCCCGGCCCACUGUGGGGCAGGUGGCCAAGCACAAGUGGCUGAGGGAGGACAUCUGUGUGGGAAAUCCCUCCCCAGAGAUCCCGGGAGAGCAGUAA